GCUGUGUUUGAGCUGCUGGGAAGUCGCAAACAGCCACAGGGUGUGUGUAAAAUUCCCAAGCCUGGAAUGCCCCAGCUGCAGUGGCUUUCUGCCAGGGCGGUGACAGCAGAGGGACUCUGAUCGGAAAGCCCCCAGGUGCAUCCCACAAGCACCCUGCUGCGUGCCUCGCUAUAGCAAUGGAGCCAGCGGUAUUCAGGGUGCUUGACCCAGCCAGAUGAUCCCGAGGACAGAGACUCCAACCCCACCCGGAACCUGUCUCUUCUCCAUUGGUGUGGAAUCCAUUCUGACGUCACUGAACGUCCCGGGCUGUGCAGCGCCUUAUACAGAGCGAUCUCUCUUCUCCCGGGGCGUUGAUCACAGAGCCAGUUGCUUGUGCAGAAGGGUGGCUGCGUAAUUCAUGAUCCUUAACCUGCUGAAGUCAUUGGCAAAACUCCCCCUGACUUCAGUGCGAGCAGGAGCAGGCCCUUGCUCAUUUGUUUUCAACGGGGCAGGACGUGGGGGACAGGAACCAGGUUUCCUGGGGUCUGUUCUCCGCUCUGCCAAGGACUCACUUUGUGACUUCAGACAAGUCACCCGGGGCCCAAUUCGGCAGCCUUUCCUCAUCUGAAUGAUCCUGAGUCAAGAGUUGCAGAAUCAGGCCCUCAGCUGCUCCGUGCCUCAGUUUCCCCUCUGCCCAGUGAUACUUCCCCAUCCCAUGGAGGGAGGGGGUCUCAGUGAUUGGUAAGUGCUUUGAGAUCCCUGGCGCUUUGGAAAGCAGGACUUCGCUAGGAUUCCUUGGGUCCUUAACUGCUUUCACCCGCUGCGUUUGCUGGGGGAUGGUGAGGGGAAAUGAAUGCCUCCCUUCCGUUCGGCAGGAUGAGGCUUUGCAGUCUACGGAGCGCACUCUGUUUCCAUCCCACCCCCUCUUGUGCUGCAGAUGGGCAACUAUUUAUGGUCUUGUGAUGCUUGCUAGACGGUGCCUUUCUGAGUCAUUUCCCAGCUCCUCGCCCCCCAGGACCCUCCACUGGGGUCUGCCCAGGGUCCGGGUUCCUUUUCCCUGUAGGCGGUGGCAUGUCACCACUGCGGGACAGCCCCACGAGUGCGCCUGAGCCUUCCCAUGCACCUCCCUGCUUGGUCCACCGCUUCAGUUCCCAUCCUCGGCUCCAUCGCUGACCCCUGACCCCCGUCUGCCUCGCUCGCUGGCUCGGGGGAAGGAGCCAAGGCAGCAGUUAAAAGGCUGCAGCCUCUCUUGGUCUGUCUCUCCGCCCCUCUGCACAGUCAUUUCUCCCCCCCCCCCCACAUCUGUGCUUCCAUCAGCUGGGAAAGAGGAUCUUCAGCCAGCCACCCGCCAAGCAGGAGCGCCUCUCCGUCGUGGGACUGCACCCCUUCUUCCCAGGGAUCCCCCUAGGACCGAGCACUGCCAAAGGGCUGGCGGAGCAACCUGGGCACCUCCUGCUGCUUCUCUGGCGAACGCGUGAGGCUGGCGUGGGGCAGUGCCCAGCCCCAGGAGAAGGCCCCCCCCAGGCUGCGGCGCCGUGGAGCCCGGCUGUAGGGAAGCCUGAAGCUGGGCUGCAGAGGUGCCGUGUGUGUUGGGGGAGCCGCCCUGCCCGUGGCCAGGGAUGGAGGCCAAUGGCAGCCUGGCCAGCGAUCUGGGCUCGUGCUUCCGCAGCACCAACUUCAGCACCACCCUCAGCGCCACCCUCAGCGCCAACCUCAGCGAGAAGCUGAUUGUCUCGCGCUGGUUCUCCACCGCCUUCGGCAGCAUCGGCCUUGCCUCCAAUCUGUUUGCCCUCUGCGUGCUGGUCAGCUCCUCCCGGAAGAUGCACAGCCGCGCCCGCUCCUCCUUCCUCAUCUUCCUCUGCGGCCUGGUGGUGACGGACUUCCUGGGCCUGCUGGUCACCGGGACCAUCAUCAUCUCCUACCACUUCACCAAGUUCAACUGGAUGGUGGUCGACCCCGCCUGCUACCUCUGCAACUUCCUGGGCCUCUCCAUGGUCUUCUUCGGCCAGUGCCCGCUGCUGCUCGGCGCCACCAUGGCCGGGGAGCGCUUCUUCGGCAUCAACCGCCCCUUCUCCCGCUCCACCAGCAUGUCCAAGCGCCGAGCCUGGUUCAUGGUAGGCCUAGUCUGGGCCUUCUCCUUCUCCCUGGGACUCCUGCCCAUCCUGGGCCUGGGGGAAUACACCCUGCAGUUCCCCAACUCCUGGUGCUUCAUCACGAUGCUGCAUGACGCCAAGAACGUCACCUUCUGCCUGAUCUUCGCCCUGCUGGGCAUCCUGGCCGUUGGCCUCUCCUUCCUCUUCAACACGGUCAGCGUGGUGACACUGUGCCGGGUCUACCACGACCGCGAGUCGGUGCAGCGGCGCCGGGACAGCGAGGUGGAGAUGAUGGUGCAGCUCGUGGGCAUUAUGAUCAUUGCCACCGUGUGCUGGUUACCCCUGCUGAUCUUUAUCAUCCAGACGGUCCUGCAGGAGCCCGCGCCCGACCUGCUGCCCCGCCAGAUCCCGCGGCAGACCGAGGAGAUGCUGCUCAUCUACCUGCGCAUGGUCACCUGGAACCAGAUCCUGGACCCCUGGGUCUACAUCCUCUUCCGCAGGGCCGUGCUGAAGCGCAUCUACCCCAGCCUCAAGACACGGCCCUCCAUCGGCUCCCUCUACCCCAUGCUCAACCCCUCGCUGCGCCGCAAGCUCACCCAGGAGUCCGUGCUGCAGUAGCGGGGGGCAUCUGGGCGGGCAG